AUGAGCGAAGCCCUGGCUAAAGGAAGCGGGAAGAAAGUUCCCGUCUUCAAGUUCUUUGUGGGGAGCAAGUCUAAGGUCCGAACGGGAUGCGCUACGUGCAAGAUACGACGUAUUAAAUGUGACGAGUUGAAACCUGGUAUGAAUACGGUUCCGAGGCCAACAGCUCCAGCCAGUCCUACGUGCGCUCCAACCCUGCUCGUAACAGCUUGCAAUAGAUGCACAUCUACAGGUCGCCAUUGCGAUGGCUAUCCGGAAUUACAAACGAGGAAGAAGCGGGGGAAAAAGACAGACUCGAAGUCAUCUCCUAGUUCGCUGAGCCCUGUGGCUGUCGAUGGAGCAUCAGUGGUACCUUUUCUAGCGAAACGGAUGGUUCAAGCUACUCUACCUUUGUUUCCGGAUUGCUCACCUCAGGAGUCUCGACUUCUGCAUGUCUUUCUCGGACAUAGUAUUGAGAUCAUGAGUCCCUGGCAUGGUGGCAACUUUUGGCAGGAUCAUGUACCCAGACGAGGUCAUUUUGAGUCCGCCACGCGGCAUGCUAUGAUUGCAAUGGCUGCAACCCACGAGAAUAUGCAAUUUAUGAGAGACGCGAUACCCAAUGAUCCGAGAAUGGAAGAUUCAAUUUGCAAGGCCCGCAAAAAUUAUGCCCUUUACCAUUACGCAAAGUCUGUCUCUGAGCUCGCUCGAAUUCUCUCGGAAAGACAGAAUGGCGCGGAAGAAAUUGCUAUGAUCAACUGCGUCGUAUAUAUAGUCGUUGACUUCUUGUGGGGGAAUGUGGCUACGUCGAUAGCUCACCUCCACAGUGGUAGCGAAAUUCUUAAACAGUACAGAAAGAAGAAGCCUAAGGGUCGGGUAGUCCAGGAAGAUUCUCUGGAGGCGAACCUUAUGAGAGUGUAUGAUACAAUGGGCCAUCAAGUAUCAGACGUUGCGGUAAAGGAAGAGUCAGACCUUGAUGGUGGUUCGAAUUCAGAACUUACUGAUUUUGAUAAUUUUGUGGAUGCACGAAAAUCGAUAGAAAAAAUUGCCACGGAUGGCUUACGCCUUGUUCGACAGGGAUCUCUGGAAGAUGCUGAUACUACCACCUUAGAGCGGAGGGCAGAAAUCCAGAAGAUGGAAAGUGUGCAUAAGGGGAGGCUUGAGGUUUGGAGAGCCAGGUUCGAGGGCGUUUUGACAAAGUCCGAGCUUGAUCACUCCAACAAGGACGAUAAGCAGACAAAGGAAGACAUCAGUACAAUGCUCCUGCUGUACCUUUCUUCUAUAGUGUGGCUGUGGGAUGGUGGCUAUCCUAAGCAGGCUCAGCCAUUAAAGAUGUUCGGCCAGCUAAUCCACGUCUCAGAGUUGCUGCUUGCUGAAAGUAGAGAUUCCGUGGAAGAUCGGAACCGCAUUCGAAUGAUUCUUUUCGAUACAAGGGUCUGGCCCUCGUUGGCCAUUCUUGCUGCCAAGUGCGAAGAUUCGGAUCUGAGAAAGAGAGCUGUCGCUAUUUUGGCAAAGACCCGUCCAGUCCACAAUCAAACGACUGGAAGUACCACAUCAACAUCUCCCACGUCGACUGUAUCCAGCUUGAAUGUACCGGAUAUCGUAGAGGAGAGUGCAGGAAAUUGGGGCACCUGGGUGGAGAUGACUUCCGCCAAAUAA